AUGCUGCAGAAUGGAUUCUGUGCUUUCCAGGCAUACGUUGUCAACCAGUUGCGAUCACUGGUGUUUUAUAUCGUCAAAGUGACCGUCAAGAAGCGAGAAGCUUUGUAUUCACCAGGACAACGUCGAAGCGUGAGUCCCUUGACCCGUAUACCAUCAGGAGCAUGGGACUCACACAUGCAUGUUAUCGACCCUGUCAUGUAUCCUCUCUCGGAUAAUGCCAUUUACACUCCAAAAGCACACACCCUAGACCAAGCUCUUGCUUUUGAGUCGUCCGUGAACAUAUGCAACAUUGUCCUUGUUCAGCCUUCUAUCUAUGGCAACGACAACUCGUGCCUGUUAGAAGCUCUUCGAGAGCUCGGUCCCGAACGUGCCCGCGGAGUUGUUACCUUUGACGUGAAAUCAACUCCCUCUUCCCAACUACACGACUGGCAUGGAAUGGGUGUCCGAGGCGUCCGGAUCAAUCUUCAGUCGGUUGGCAAGUCUCUAUCGGACAAUGAACUUGAGAGUAUGCUACACCGUUACGCGGACGCCAUCCGGCCGCUGAAUUGGGUACUCCAGCUAUAUGUUCCACUACACGCGAUGGUUAUUCUCGAGGCUAUCGCGCCUCAGCUACAUGUCCGCCUAUGCAUCGACCAUUUUGGACAUCCUCUACUACCAGAUCAGGCAGUAUAUGCGCAAGCCCGAGACCCAUACACUCUGCCAGGAUUCCAGUCUUUAGUGAAUCUUCUAGCAGAAGGAAAUACCUUCGUGAAGCUUUCCGCGCCGUACCGAAUCAGCAAGAUGCAAGAUUUCAGCGAUCUAGAGCCCGUUGCCACAGAGCUCUUGAAAGUCGCAGGGAAAAGUCACGUUGUUUUUGCAACUGAUUGGCCCCACACGAGAUUUGAAGAGGUAGAUAUCAAAUCAUGGAUAGAAAUAGUGUUUAACUGGUGCGAGGAAGAUCCUUUCCUGGCGGAGCGGUUAUUCAGGGGGAAUGCGGAGGACCUGUGGGCAUAA